GGCCAAAAUUGAUUCGCAAGUCCGAAAAUUCUGUAAGCUGCGAUCGGGUACUUAGGUUUUUAUAUGACCCAGAGCUUAGACACAUAGAAGGCCAUGUUCAAGCGUCAAUGAAGGACAAAUCCUACCGAGUGCAGAUUGAACUAAAUGACCUCUAUGGGACGGACGUGACCAGGUGUGAUUGUCCAAUGGGUAAUUUCUAUUGCCACCAUGUCGCCGCUGUUCUCCUGUUUGGAUACAAGCGUGCAAGCAAGACAGAUGUUAAGUGCAGCCGGCUGAAGAAACCAAAGUCUAAGAUGAGGGCUGACACUGCAACUAUGGAGGACCUGUUUCCUCCAAGAAAACCAGGAUACAGAGCACUAAAUAGAGAGGUUACUCAAGAAGAUCGAGACCAGUUAUGUAGUGAACUGGAGAAGCUUGGAAGAUUUACUGCUUUGCAUUGGAUACUCUCACCAGAGCCAAAGGGAGCCUGUUGA